GUGCAGUUCACCAGAGGCCACCGCUACAGGAAAGCAAUUAUCUGAAGUGGGAUCCACAGAGACUGUACUAAGGUGAUAAUGGCCGCAGAUGCUUUGCAGGAGCUGAGGCAACAGUGUCUUAACAGAGGAGCAUCGGGAAUCAAGGGUCUCGGGAGGAUGUUUCGGAUUAUAGAUGAUGAUGGCAGUAAGUCUCUGGACUUCCCAGAGUUUGAGAAGGGGCUGGAAAACUACGGUGUGUCUGUGGGGAGGGACAAAGCCAAGCAGAUCUUUGCCUUGAUAGACAAAGAUGAAAGUGGCACACUCAACUUUGAAGAGUUUCUUGAGAAAUUAAGGCCGCCCAUGUCAAAUGCACGGAAGCAGGUGAUCAACAAAGCUUUUCAGAAGCUUGACCGAACAGGAGAUGGCGUGGUGACUGUAGAAGAUCUACAGGGUGUUUACAACAGCAAACAUCACCCCAAAUACAAGAGCGGGGAGUGGACCGAAGAACAAGUCUUCCGUUCUUUCCUGGACAGCUUCGACUCUCCGUACGAGAAGGAUGGAAAGGUCACACUGGAAGAGUUUGUGAAUUACUACAGUGGAGUCAGUGCCUCCAUUGACAGCGAUGAGUAUUUCAUCACUAUGAUGCAGAAUGCAUGGAAACUCUAGACAUACUCAUGAAACCUUAAUUUCUAUUUGCGUUCACUUCAAUUCUAAUCAUUCACAUCAGUGUUUCUCAAUGCGGCUCCUAAAGACCAUUUCCCUUUCUGACACUCAAUACAACUUGAGCGGAAGAGCUGAAUCAGGGGUUUUCAGCACUAUUACAAUGGUAACUGUUUGUCUUUUGCAUUCAGAUGGCAAUUAUUGACAAUCUAAAAUACCAGGAGAAAGCUUUCCGUUAGCAUUCUCAUCUCAGUGGCAGUUACUCGGCUGGUGAAUGACCCCUCCAGAAGUAUGCAACCUGCUCGCUGCUGGCUUUGCUACAUGGGCACUUAGUUUUGUGAACGGAUUGUGCAUAUUUUUAAUUCAAGUGUGUAAUAUAGGAUUACCGGCUCACUAUUGCCACCAGUUCUGUUGUAUUUUGCCAGGUAUUCCAAUCAAUUUCUUUGAAUAAUCCCAGAUACAGACAAGCUACUUCUCCAUUUUGACGUCGUCUUCUGAUAUUUCCUACUAUUGCAAUUAUGUGAAAUUAAAAUGAGAGUAAGCUGGCCCAUUUUAAUAAGCUGUUUCAAUACUCUCUGCCUUUUACACAAAUGUGGGGACAUCUGGGACGCGAAAGGUAAACAAUUUGCAAUAUACACAAAAUUCUGUAUGGAAAAGGCCCAAGGGCAGGUUUCUUUUGCACUAAACCAAAACUUAUGUGACAAUGUGUGUUUUUUUUUUUUUUUUAGAAUGACCUCAUGACGCACACCAUUUUACCACUAAAAGGACAUUUGAAUGGAAACGAGCAGGAGACAGCAAUUUACGCAAACAUUUUGUAUGCAUAUUCCCUUUGUCGAUAACAGAACAGUGCAAAAAGUGUAUGAAAACUUGGUUACUGUUAAAGGAAUACUUCACCCAAAAAUGUGAAUUCUCUCAUCAUUUAUUCACCCUCAUGCCAUCCCAAAUGUGUACAACUUUCUUUCUU